UUCCUUAUUUGUUUGAGCACCGUUGGUACAUUACAUAAUACUAAAYCAAAUAACACUUUUGUAACUGUGCUUUUUUUUAUUUUAUUUCAUUUCAAAGCAGAGUGGGUUUGUCCUGCUGGCGUCCAGAGGGAGGUGGUGGUGGACGGCUACUUCCUGCGGCUCCGUCUCUCUCUCAGCACAGGCUCCGCUCCGCUCCGCUCCGCUCCGACGGAUGAAUCAGCUCCACGUUAGCACGUCAGCUAACGGCGCAGGAUCAGCGACCGAGGCGGCGACAGCCAUGAGAAGCCGCUGGAGACAGUGAAAGUUUUAUUUUUUCCAAGUUAUCUGCCCCCCCACACAAAGGAGCUUCGCUUAUCAUGCCGUGGCCUCCUCGAGGGGAAACUUUUCUGUGGAAUUAAAUUUCUCCCUGGGAGCUAGCUCGGGCGCUAGCAUUUGGGCUACAAACUACUUUCUAAUUGGCUUUCGGCUCGAUGGCUUGUUUUUCUCUGUCAUAGCGACGGCUUGGGGGAAACUGGGAGAGGCUCUGCAUGAACUUCAUGACAAACCAAAGCCGGGCACUGAGGCGUACCUUCGGAAAACUUGACUGGUGAGGGACCGAGAAACCAUGAAGAAGCAGUUCAAUCGGAUGAAGCAGCUCGCCAAUCAAACAGUUGGCAGAGCGGAGAAGACAGAAGUCCUCAGCGAUGACCUCCUACAGAUUGAGCGGCGCAUGGAGCUGGUGCGUGUGGUGUCCCACAACACACACAAAAAGAUGGUGUCAUGUCUACAGGGGCACAUUGGUGCAGAUGCAGAGAAGAGACAUUCCGUUCCACGCCUCUAUACAGGAAAUGGUCAGAAAAAGCUUCCUCUCACUUCACUGUCCCAGGCAAUGGUGGAGGGUGGAAACCAGCUGGGAGAGGACUCCUUGAUAGGGAAGAUGAUGGAAGUUUGUGGAGAGGCUGAGAAUCGUCUGGCAUCAGAACUGAUGCAGCACGAGCUCCAGAUAGAGAAAGAUGUGCUGGACCCACUUAGCCAGCUUGCAGAGGUAGAGAUUCCCAACAUCCUGAAGCAGAGGAAACAACUGGCCAAGUUGGUGCUGGACUAUGAUUCUGCCAGAGCCAGGUGGUUGCAGGCGACCAAAUCAAUAAUCUCAGGAACAAACACUCAAGCACUGACAGCCAAGGCUGACCUGCUCAAAGAGGAGGUGGAUGAAGCUAUGAACAAAGUAGAGCUCUGCAAGGAUCAGCUUGCAGCAGACAUGUACAGUUUUUUCUCGAAAGAAGGCGACUAUGCCCACUACUUUGUGACGCUCUUAGAAGCUCAGGCUGAUUACCACAGGAGAUCUCUUACUGUCCUGGAGAGUGUCUUACCCACCAUCCAGGCUCAGCAAGACUCAUGGAUGGAGAAGCCGGCGUUUGGCACUGCUCUGGACGAUCAUCUGAAAAGAAGUGGACGAGAGAUUGCUCUGCCCAUAGAGGCCUGUGUCAUGAUGCUUCUAGAGACAGGCAUGAAGGAGGAGGGUCUGUUCAGAAUCGCAGCUGGGGCUUCUAAGCUAAAGAAGCUAAAGGCGGCGCUGGAUUGUUCCACUUCACAACUGGAGGAGUUCUACUCGGACCCUCACGCUGUGGCUGGAGCUCUGAAAUCCUACCUGAGGGAACUCCCCGAACCUCUCAUGACCUACCAGCUUUAUGACGAAUGGAUCCAGGCGUCCAGCGUGUCAGACCCGGACAAACGGCUGCAGGCUCUGUGGCUCGUGUGUGAUCAACUACCAAAGAACAACAAAAACAAUCUGAGGUAUCUGGUGAAGUUUUUAACCAGGCUAGCUCAGGAGAGUGAGGUGAACAAAAUGACCCCGAGCAAUGUCGCUAUCGUGCUGGGACCCAACCUGUUGUGGGCCAAGACUGAGGGGAGUCUGGCUGAGAUGGCUGCAGCCACGUCGGUGCACGUGGUGUCCAUUAUUGAGCCCAUCAUCCAGCACGCUGACUGGUUCUUUCCUGAGGAUGUAGAGUUCAAUGUGUCGGGCAUGUUUGUGAUGCCCACACCUGCUUCCAGCCACAACAACCCAGUGGAUUCUGACUGCAGCACCRUAGAGAGGAAGAGGCCCGGCAGCAUGGUGGGACCAGAGACCGACGCCACGCGCAAAGACAACACCUCUAACAAGCACUCGGACCACACCCUCCGUAGAGGCAGUAGCACCUUAGGUAGAAAGCAGCACACUUCACCUGCCUUCCAGCCUCCUUUACCCCCGCUGGAGGCUCAGGGGCUGGGACACGGGGUCCCUCAGCCCUCGGCUGAACCCCAGCCUGGGGGUUCAGGGUUUGACACUUCGCAGCAUAGCUUGGCUCAGAGUCUGGCAGCUCUGGCAGCUGCUCAGCAGCUCCUCGCCCAGCAGUCAGAGGAGUUCAGCAACCCAAAGCUGCGUGACCCCACCCCUGUGCUUCAGAGGAAUGGCACUGGUGGAGGGGGCCCUGCAGCAGCCUCUGGGACCGGAUCUAUGGGACCCAGUCCACAUAUGAUGCGUCGAGGUACCAAGAAACAAGCUCCCGCACCUCCCAAACCAUCAAACCCCCCUCCCAGCCAGCCCAGUAACUCAACAAACCACGCCUCCUCCUCGGGCUCGUUCCAGUCUCUCAGCCCCAUCUCCAGACCCCCGCCGAGCCACUCCCCCACCUCCCCCUCCUCUCCCACCCCACAGCCGUGCGCCACCCCGAGGCGCCACUCCAACAACCAGCCCCCCAUCCAGGCUCCGAGCCACCCGCCUCCGGAGCCUCCGUCACAGACCAGCCCCCCGGCGCAGCCCGCAUCCCUGAGCCAGGCUGUCGCAGACCAGCAGAGCUCGGAGCCCUCGCCUCCGGGUACCCCGACCCCGCCGGACACCCCCCCUCCACCCUCCACCGCCGGCCAGGAGGUYGCAGCUCCUCCGUCCCCGUCUCCCUAUCAGUCGGGCUCGCUGCCUCGACCGCGGCCGGUCCCCAAGCCUCGGAACAGACCCAGCAUCCCCCCGCCCCCCCAGCCCAACCCAGCGAGCAGCGAGACCAACGGAAUCUGCUCCUCUGCGUACAAAACGAUGGACCCGACGCUGUCCUUCAAGGGACUCAGUCGAGCUUUAGUCCCUGAGCUCGCUGUCGACCAGCAGCCAGCGACCGCCUCACCCUUUCUGCCUCAUCCCAAAGACUGUGACCUGGACACGGAGAGCACCGUCCUAUAAGGAGACGCUGACCGGGUCUCGUUUUUCACCGCGGCUCAUCUCUGCAGCCCUGAGCUGAACAGUGAAGCCCUCACAUCAACAAAGACCUGUAUGUUCAGAACCAAAGGAUCUACACUGCGUUUGUUUUAUGUGGGAAAAAAAAUACAAACACUUCUCUACUCCUCAUUAGCUGCAGCUCUGCUCACAAUCAUUCACAGCAGAUGUGCCGUUAUCCGCUCUGCCUCACCGGUUCAGUUGUUUACCAACAGAUCCUGGGUGCUGCCAGAUGCGGGUUGUGUGACACACACACACAAUCACGCUGCCACAUUUUGUCUUCAUAAAACACAUCCUCCAGAAGAAGCUCGAGACAAUCAGAGAGCAGCAGAGUGGGCUGACAGAUGCCGCAGAGCCAAAACGCAGACAAGACCCCUUCRCAGAGCAGCGUGAGGCGUUUUCUAUGUUGCGAUUAAAAAGGCCUUAAAAUAAAAAGGUAGGUGUGUUUCUACAGCACAGGAGGUGAGGUUUGCCAGUGAGUUAGAAACCAAAACUGUUAAAGUGUAGCAGGUGACUGCAGGUUUCCAGUCGCCUCACUUGAUUUAGCCUCCCACCGUUUCCUCGCUCUUCUAUUUAUUUACCAGCCUGAAAACACACACAUUCCCUGUGGCUUGUCAGAAUGAAUGCAGUUGAAUAGAAAGCAUGCCUUAUCUGUUCCUCCCCGAACCASAAACAGAGCGUUAUAUUUACUGUACGGGGGGAAUCUUAUUAGUUACUGCAGUAUUUYUAAAAACACAGCGAUGUUUCAGGGAUGUGGGGCUGGCGGCUUGACUCCUUUAAUAGGUAUGGUGUCUGGUUGUUGUCUUGUUCCGGUGGAGUUGUGUAUUUAUGUCUUUGGGUUUGUAGCAGGGUGAGCCCCCCCAGCCUGAACAGUAGUCAGUAUUUUUGCCUUUUCUGUUCCUCCGUCUGCUGCAGUGUUGUUCUGUCUGCAGGAGACGUUAGGGCGGCGCAGAGUGAAUGUAAGGACAGUUUCUCCCUCAGUCUCACCGACCUGAGCAGAAAGAUGCAGAAACAGCUGAGGUUGCACUUGUCCACAUUAGGUGAGCUGUUGUUUGUGAAUUUUGGGGGAGGGAUUUUUAUUUUAAAAUAUUUUUUUCUUCUCUCUUUCUCACUGAGCUAAGAUCACACAAAAGUCUUGGUAGUGACGUGAGGUUAGAUUUAUACCAGGUCAAAAACGUUUUUUUUUUGUUUUAAAUGAGUUUGAUUUCAUGAGGCCAAUAACGGUACCAGUGGAGAAAAGCUUGGAUGCUGCAGAGUCCUUUUUUCUAAUUUUUUCCCCUCCUGUAACCUUGUUGCCUUAUCUGUCGAGCUUGGCCACUGCAGGGCUCUUUAAGACAAAAUGCCAUUAAAUGAGAAAUGAUGAUGCUGCAUUUUGAAGCUCUAUAGUUUUGUAUGUAUGCUGUUUGGUGAGUUUAAAUAAGGAAGACAAAAAAACUGUAAUAUGAAGCUUGAUAUUACCCCCUUUCCAAAGAAAAUAAAGUAUAUGAAGUUAUAAAUCUA